CGGCCGGCAAGCUGCAAAGUUGUAGCAGCAACUGCAGGCGCGCGCGCGCGCACUUACAACAAGGUUCAUACUAGCUAGCGACUAGUUCAGCAGCUAGCAGACCACUAUACUUGGAUCGUCGAAAGAAGAUGGACGCUUUCUCCCAUGUUCCCCCGGGUUUUCGUUUCCAUCCUACUGACGAGGAGCUUGUUGAUUACUACCUUAGGAAGAAGGUAGCACUGAAGAAGAUAGACUUGGAUGUUAUAAAAGAUGUUGAUUUAUACAAAAUUGAGCCUUGGGACCUACAAGAACAAUGUAAGAUUGGAAACGAAGAGCAGAACGAGUGGUACUUCUUCAGCCACAAGGACAAGAAAUACCCAACCGGCACUCGCACCAACAGAGCGACCACUGCAGGUUUCUGGAAGGCCACCGGAAGGGACAAACCGAUCUAUGUCAAGAACUGCCUGGUUGGAAUGAGGAAGACUCUGGUUUUCUACAGGGGUCGGGCUCCCAACGGGCAGAAGUCAGACUGGAUCAUGCACGAGUACCGCUUGGAGACCAACGAAUACGGAACUCCCCAAGAGGAAGGAUGGGUGGUAUGUCGGGUGUUCAAGAAGCGACCCGCGACGGUGCAAAGGGCGGCCGGCGACGGCGACUCGCCUUACUGGUUCAACGAGCACGUCGCGUUCAUGGCGCCGGCAGCGGUGCUCGACCCUCCGUACCAUGGCCACCGCCAGAGCCACCCUGCUUGUAAGCUGGAGGUGGAGUACCACCACCAACAACAACUCCUUCCUCAGGAGGGUCACUUCCUGCACCUCCCACGGUUGGAGAGCCCCAAGCUUCCGGCCGCCGACAUCAUCGGCGCUGCAGCGUCGUCCGCUCUACAACCAUGCGGGCACACAGCGCCGCAGCAGCUGCAGCUGCAGAUCGAGCCAGUCUACGUGACGACGGAUGCGUCGGCAGCAGAUUGGAGGGAUCUUGACAAGCUGGUGGCAUCUCAAAUAUUCGGCCAUGGCGACUCAACUCCGAAGGAGACCAGUUACUCCAACCCGGUGCAGGUGUUUCAGGAGGAGGGGAAGCAGGAUGACACCUUGGACUACGUAUGCACGUCUGCCUCCUGCGGAGGGGAGGAUGGUUUGUGGAAAUAGCUACAUGAAUGCUGCAAAUACAUACUAACAUAUACGUCAUUAUAUACAGCCUAUAACAUUGUGAGUGUGAUUUGAUACGGUGUAUAAACGGAUAGCAUUGUGUUAUGGUCUUACCGAGUGGACAUCUAUAUACUAAUAAAGUAUAACCGAAGUGGUUAUGCUUGCAUAUGCAUGAUUUGCCACCAAAUCUCUGUGACUGAAGUCCUUUAAGGUUUCUGACUAGAAAAUUUGCCGGCUGUAGCCAGUGACAGCCUGACUGACAUUGUACAGUUAAGGACUAUGUAACACCUAUAUGUCAAAACUGCUAAUUCUCUUUGUGGCAAUUUUAUCAUA